UCAACAAAACUGAAGAGGAAUUCCUUUAUCUUGCUGAAGGUACUUGCUUCACAAGAUGGGCUAAGAGAACUAUUGAGCGUGCAAAACAGACUAUUGCACAAGGUGACAGCACGGUGGAGAACAAUGGGAGGUAUGGCCCAAGGUUUUUGGCUAAUAUACAAAAACCUCUGCUGCCUACAUUGCCGCUUUGGUCUGGCAUCAUGCUUGGAAACCUUAAGAGACACGGAACGUCGGCUCCAUACCACAGGUACACAUUCACAGAAGGAAUAAGGGCAACUAGCAAAACAACUGGCGUACAGGAGGGGAGGUUCAACCAGCUAAAGACGUUAAUUCUUCGACGAAAAUCUCGGAACCGAGUUGAUGUGUUCUCCGAGAGGUUGAGAGAGACAACAAAAGCGUUGCAGACGCUUGCUCUGAAAGACGCUCGUAAAAAAAGACAAAGAGAGUCAGGGGAAAGAGGACCAUCCGCGUUGAGGAGACUUGGGACAAAAUACAACGCGAACCGUCCCAAAUGCAAAACAAGAAGCAUGGAAAAUACCAACAAAAACCAAUGAAGCCAAUCCCAGUUACCAAAUCUGUCAAGAGAAAGUCAAGUAACAGAAGUGAUGAGGAUGAAGACGAUAUAUCUCCAAGAAAGAGAAAGUCGGUUAAGUCAAAGACAGCUACAGGAAAGAGGACCGUCCUCGUCGAGGAGAAUUGCAACAAGACGGAACACGAGCAAUUGCAAAUGCAAGACCAAAAGCAUGGAAAACAUCAACAAUCCCCAACGAAGCCAAUCCCAGUUACCAAACCUGUCAAGCGAAAGUCAAGUAACAGAAGUGAUGAGGAUGAAGGCGAUGUAUCCCCACAAAAAAGAGAGUCCCCAACGAAGCCAAUCCCAGUUACCAAACCUGUCAAAGGAAGGUCAAAUAACAGCAAUGAUGAGGAUGAAGACGAUGUAUCCCCCCAAAAGGGAAAGGUAUGUGUUGUAUUAUAUAAACCUGAGCGGUAUAUUUCACCCACACUGUUCUCUUUCUCGGCUAAGUCAAAGACAGCUAGCAAAAAGAGGACCAACCUCGUCGAGGAGAAUUGCGACAACAUGCAACACGAACAAUUGAAAAUGCAAGAAAAAAAGCAUUGGAAAUAUCAACAGUCCCCAAUGAAGCCAAUACCAGUUACCAAACCUUUCACACAAAAGUCAAGGAACAGAAGUGAUGAGGAUGAGGACGAUGUAUCAUCCCGAAAUAAAAAGUAUAAGACGUCUACACAAGCUUCAGAAACGUGGAUUGGAAAAGCGUCCCAGAGAGGAACCAAAAAGACUGAGAAAACAAGUCCAGAGCGUACAACAAGCGUUGGCAGGGAAACUAAUAAUAUCAUUCCAGACUUAUAA